AUGACGGCCAACCCGUCCCUCGCCGCUGCGCAAGCCGCUGUAAUCGACCCAAGUCCUAUACCUCAAUCCAGAGAAACCGGAGACGCAUUUCCUCAAAAGACACAAGAUGGAGCCCAGCUAAGCCUAGGUGGAAUGACGGCCGCUACUCUGACUUGCCCUCUCGACGUACUAAAAACUCGCCUACAAUCCGACUUCUACCAAUCACAACUCUCCGCCGCUCGCGCCGCACGAGGUGUCCCACCAUUGUCGCAACUCUCCUACUCCUGCACUGCUGUCCUGCACAUAAGAGAAACCUUCCAAAUCCUGACCGCCAUUCCUCGCACUGAAGGUUACCGCGCUCUCUUCAAGGGACUCGGUCCCAAUCUCAUUGGUGUCGUGCCAGCACGAGCCAUCAACUUCUUCGCCUACGGAAACGGAAAGAGAAUCCUGUCGCAAACUUUCAAUGAUGGCAAGGAGGCUUCAUGGGUACAUUUGCUGGCCGCUGCUGGAGCCGGCAUGCUUACUGGAACAGCCACGAAUCCUAUCUGGCUUGUGAAGACGCGAUUGCAACUGGACAAAUCAAGAGCUGAGAAGACUGGCAGUGGCCUGGAUGGAAGAAAGUACAAGAACGCUCUGGACUGUACCAUGCAAACUGUGCGCUCAGAAGGUAUCCGUGGACUGUACAGAGGUUUGAGCGCAAGUUAUCUCGGUGUGACGGAAAGCACACUACAAUGGGUUCUCUACGAACGCAUGAAGAGCUACAUCGCACUACGAGAGGAACGUAUCACCCUUGCCGGACGCCCCCGUACAUCCUGGGAUGAGGCUGUUUCAUGGUCCCUUAGACUCGGUGCAGCAGGUAGCGCCAAAUUUGUCGCCGCACUUAUCACAUACCCCCACGAGGUCGUCCGCACACGCUUGCGACAAGCCCCAGUCACCACCUCAAUCGAUGGCGUGCCCCAACUCAAAUACACUGGCUUGGCACAGUGCUUCAAGCUGGUCUGGAAGGAGGAGGGUAUGGCUGCUCUGUACGGCGGCUUGGUACCGCAUAUGCUCAGAGUCGUGCCCAGUGCCGCCAUCAUGUUUGGAAUGUACGAGGCCGUCCUGCGUUUCCUCGGAACCGACUCGGGCGUGUAA